GUCAAGUUUUUUCAGCGGUGAGUUUAGGGGGAAAUGGGAAGCCAAAUGCUGAGAAAACCCAGAGUUGUGUGCCUCCAUGGAUUCAGAACAAGCGCUGAAAUUCUCAAGAAACAGGUCCUUCGAUGGCCUUUAACCGUGCUUGAUAAGCUGGAUCUUGUUUUCCUUGAUGCCCCAUUUCCUGCCCAAGGCAAAUCUGAUGUUGAAGCCUUUUUUGAUCCUCCUUACUAUGAGUGGUUCCAAGCUAACCAGAAUUUCACCGAGUAUACAAAUUUUGAAGAAUGUCUGGAGUAUAUUGAAAACUAUAUGAUAAAGAAUGGCCCAUUUGAUGGUUUUCUUGGCUUCUCUCAGGUGGGGUUAAUUUGCUUGAAUUAUCUUAGGGAGGAAAAUCUUAGAAAUUCAACUCUUGUGCUAAAAAUGGAUCUAAUUUGUAUUUUUUUUGGUGAUGAAUCUCAGGGAGCAGUUCUCUCAGCUGCAUUGCCUGGAAUGCAGAGAGAUGGAUUAGCCCUUACCAGAAUUCCAAAAAUCAAGUUUCUGAUACUAAUAUCAGGAGCUAAAUUUGGGUGGUCAAAAUUCGGGCAUCAUAAGCUCUCUUGUAAAGCGUUUUCAACACCUCUUGAAUGCCCUUCUCUUCACAUCACAGGUGAAAUGGACUUCAUGAAACCGGAAUCAACUGCUCUUCUGGAAUCUUUUGUUGAUCCUUUUGUGAUUAAUCAUCCCAAAGGCCAUACAGUUCCCAGACUUGAUGAGAGAAGUACCGAGGUGAUGCUUGAGUUCAUUGAGAGGAUUAAGAAGACAACAGCAACAGAUGAUGAACAGAACAGAUCUGCUUAAAUGCAGAAACCUAGCUAACUAGUUUGUUUUAAAUAAUAUGAUGUGUAAUGCUAGUUUGUUUAUUACAUAAGAUUACAUUGCAUCUUCAUGAUGAACCGAUGCGUAAAAGAUUUGAAAUUGAAUGAUGCAUGUAAGUAUUAUCUUC